UCCUCGUCAUUUCCAUCAUCCCCACCUGGGCACCCGCUCUCUCUCUCUCUCACUCGGAGAAGAGGAAGGGGGAAAAAGCGCAAGCGAGAUGGGCGCCGGGAGCAGCCGCGCCGACGCGCCGUCGCGCCGCCGGGCGCGCCUCGGCCUCGGCGGGUGCUUCGGAGGGGGAUCCUCCGCCGCCGCCGCAGCCGCUCGUGACGGCGGGAGCUUCGCCGCGGACGCGCCCUCGUCCUCGCGCGCUAACGAGGUACAAUCUCAGCAAUCAGGGCGAGCAGUGAAUGGAGUGAAUUUUCAUGCUUCUCUAGCUGCCAAGGAUCUCCAGAUCUCCAGUGAGUCAAAUCCAAGACUGCAUUCGUCUUCAAGCACCAUAAGCCAUCAUCUCAGAUUCAAUCACCUCAAUUGUCAUGAAAACAAGGAAGAUGGCCUGGCGACUGAAAACGCUGAAACAAGUGGCCUUGAAAGCUCAUCCAGAAAAGCUGUCAUGGUUAGGGGAAGUUUCAGUAGCGAAGCUGUUAAUGUUGACAGAGCAUCAAGAGAAGGAAUAAGUUCUCUAGGAUCAGAGCUUGGAAAUGUUGCUAAUACAGUCCCCACUAAUGAAAUUGGUGGUCCAAUUUCUGAAUCUGAUCUACACCCCUCGUUGAUGACAUCUGAAAGGAUCCUGUCUGACUUAGAAGGAGAGAUAGCUCCCCAAGCAACUUCAUCCACAACUGUUCUGACAAGUGAAGGAUCUGAUAUAUCUCAAUCUAGCUUGACAUCUAUGUCCCCUAACUCCUCAACUGCAUCAUCUGUGAUACGAGAACCAACGCCAGAUUCAAACCCUACCAGAGCAGAUGUUUCCAUAUUCAGUGGACCACAUGGUCAGACUGGUGGGAGUAUAUUACAUGAUGAUAUGAUGAGCAUUUUCUCAAAUGAUGGUCUAGGACACUCUAGAGAUUCAAGCAGCAGUGAAACAAGGAGGAGUCACAGAAGGGUUCUAUGGGAUACAUUUUCCAGGCGUGGCUCUAGAGGUUAUCCACAAUCUGAUGCUGAUGACCUGGGAUUUUACAGCACAUGGCUAGACCUUGGUGAUGACCUUUUUGGAGAGUUGGAGGAGUCAAGAUAUUUUCAUCGCAGACGCCAUGGUUCAAUAAGAGUAAGCCAGUAUUCAAGAUCCCGGAUUAGGGAGCAUCGUCGUGCUGUUUUUGAUAGUGGCAAUGAACAAAGCACUGCAGCUUGUCCUUUGGGGAUUCAUCAAGUUGGCCGAUGCACCUGUGAUUCUUUCUUGAUUGCUGAAGAAUCUAGUGCCCGAGCAAGUAUAUCAAGAAUUGUCAUGUUAACUGAGGCAUUAUUUGAGGUGUUGGAUGAAAUUCAUCGUCAACCUGCAUCACUUUCACUUUCUAUGGUCUCUGUUCAGGCUCCUGAAUCUGUAGUUAAUUCAUUGCCAUGUAAGAGCUACAGAAAGCUUGUGACACCCCAAUGCAGUGAUGACAUGGAACAGUGCCAUAUCUGCUUAACUGAAUAUGAGGAUGGGGAACAGAUAAGAACUCUUCCGUGCAAACAUGAGUUUCACCUGCAGUGUGUUGACAAAUGGCUGAAAGAAAUACACAGAGUGUGCCCGUUGUGCCGUGGGGACGUCUGUGAAGUUGCCUCCUGAAGUCCUUGGCGCUGCCGUGCCUCCUGCCGCCACCACUGCUCCAUGGUGGAAGCUGGUUCAGUCAGGCAACGGUGCUCCCUGUCGCCUUUGACAGCUGACGCGGCAAGAGUCUCUCUGCCGUAGAGAAUGGCCAGAUCCUGCGUCUAAUGCGGCAUUUCCUGUCAAAGUUUUAAGAUGCCACCAAGACUUGUAUAUAGCUUUUGUAGCCUCCCCGCGUACGACAACCUGUAUAUAUGUGUAAAUUCUAGAUUCAAUUUUAUGCUCCUUGAUGUUCGGUAUCUCUCAAAUAACCUGGGUAAUGAUUCCAGCA